CUAAACCCCUUGGCUUUUUACAUCUCGUGCGAAAUUCAAUUUUUUUCGCCCUUUAUUGACCAAAGAUAUUUUUACAACUCUCCCCACUAGCCCCCCUCUCUUAAUCUCUCGGCCUCUCACUUGAAUCUCCUCACAACACACGUACGAUUCCUUUCCUCUGCUCUCCUCUCUCUCUCUCUCUCUCUACAAACCCUGCGAUCCUCUUCCUCAAGAUUCGAGUAUGAAAGGAGGUAAAUCAAAGACUGAAACCAGGAGCUCCAAGCUCUCUGUGGCUAAGAAGCCUGCUAAAGCAGCAGGUCGUAGCAAAGCGGCGGCUAAGGAUCCUAACAAACCUAAGAGGCCAGCCAGUGCCUUCUUCGUUUUCAUGGAGGACUUUCGUCAGACUUACAAGAAGGAUCACCCCAACAACAAAUCUGUUGCUGCUGUUGGUAAAGCUGGUGGAGAGAAGUGGAAGUCGUUGUCUGACUCUGAGAAGGCUCCCUUCGUAGCUAAGGCUGAUAAGCGCAAGGUUGAGUAUGAGAAGACCAUGAAAGCCUACAACAAGAAGCUGGAGGAAGGUCCAAAGGAGGACGAAGAGGAAUCUGACAAGUCUGUGUCCGAGGUGAAUGAUGAGGAUGAUGCCGAUGAUGGUAGUGAUGAGGAGGAAGACGAUGACUAAAGAAGUUGAAGCUGGUAGCACAAUAUAGGAACGCUACAACAAGGAUCUCUCGGAUGUUUUUUAUUUUCUUUCUUUUUACUGAUGUUUUCAACUUAGUAAAAGCUGCCACUAUCUCUCUGAUUAUGAUUCUACGGGUAAUGGAAAAAAGUGUGUGUAGAAUGUUUGAAUGAGAGAUAUGCACCUCUAUGUAACGAUUUAGCUUUUUUAUCAAUUUAAAAUAUGUUAUCAGCUUACUGCUCU